AACGAAUUUGUAGACAAUUUGCAGACAUUUUGCUCAUAAAUAGCGUCAUGUGUUUGGUUUUCACGUGAAGACAUCGAUGGUGUGAUCGGACGGUGAUUAUCAUCGCACUGACAAUGAACUCAAGACGAGGCGAUGGUAGUGAUGGACGGGGUGAGGGUUACGACCCAUUCUGGGAGUCCGACACCUCUAUGCCACCAGCGGAUCCGCCAAAAGUGAUUAUCCAUCAGAGAUCACCCGAUGUGCCCGAAGACGUCUACCGCCAUGUCUUUGGCACUAACCCUCCGGAGGGCUAUAAGCCACCGAUUCCGCCGCCACCGCUGCCGCCCAACAGUUACCAUAAGAAGCCGAAGUACUGGCAAACCAGAGGCACCGGCCACAUGGAACCCGUCAAUAGGGCAUCGUUUCUAUUCGUGGUGGCCGUGUCCUUCGGGGUCUACCUGUUGGACCGGUUCAGUGACGCCCCGCAGAGGUGGGGCGACCGACUCGGCACCCACUCGACUCUUGAGGAGCGGGAGACACGGGAACGCAAUAACCUGAUGUUCAGUCGACUCAUGUCAGAUGGCAUGCCGGCCGACGAGAUGGAGGUGUCGCCCGACAAGAGUCGCUACCGAAACCCCCGCCACAGGGAUGAGAAGGUGCGCUGGGAUCUCAGGGAAGUGGAUAAGCGGGUGAUGGGUAUCAGAGACAUGAAGAACCCCUUCGAGAUAUAGUCGUGUGGUUGUCGUUAGGCUGUAGGCGCUGCUCUCAAAGAGUCUCACAUAGAGUAUCGUGUCAUUUGAUUCGCGUUUUUAUUCAAAUUAUAGUGAAAUUUAAUAAUAAAUUAGUCUUUAAAUUGUGUUAUCAAACAGAAA